AUAGACUAGACUCUUCAACUACUUUUUUUUCCGUAAUAUUUUUUUCGUUCUUUUCGAUUUCGAAAACUGCCCUGAUCAUCAAAUUAGAGUGAUGGGGGAAUCGAAAGGCGUGGUGAAGCACAUUUUGCUAGCGAAAUUCAAAGAUGAAAUCACAGAGGAACAGAUCGACAAACUCAUCAAGGGAUAUGCCAAUCUCGUCAAUCUCAUUGAACCCAUGAAGGCUUUCCAGUGCGGCAAGGAUGUUAGCAUUGAAAAUCUACACCAAGGUUUCACUCACGUCUUUGAAUCCACCUUUGAGAGUACGCAGGGCAUAGCAGAGUAUGUAUCUCAUCCAGCGCAUGUGGAAUAUGCAAACUUGUUCCUUUCUUCCUUGGACAAAGUUAUUGUUAUCGACUACAAACCGACGUUAAUUCACAACUAAUUUGGAGGCUAAAAGUAUGGUUGCUGUAACUAGACUACAUGCACCUACGGUCUAAUGGAAUAAAUGUAUGCCCUUUUUCUUUACAUCAUAAACUUUGAUGAUGCCUGUACUAAAAAUGUUAUGUUAUUACCAGUUUAUUUGUAUGAACUCUUGUAUACCUCUGUUCUGCUGCUUUCUUAUGCCAGCUGCACGUUGUGUUUGGUCAUGAAAA